AGCAUUUGAGAUGCCUCGUCAUCCUUCUACACUGUCUCCCAUUCACCAUCUCGCGAUGAACACCAAUACAUCCGCUAUACGUUGUGCUUCAGAGCCUCCGAUCAGUAAACACAAACGUCCCGUUAGUUGUGCGUACAACCUGAAGACGAACUACAUGGCUCGUCGAUCAUCGCGAACCUCCAAACGCGAUAUUUUGGACCUCCGCGAAUUCCACAUCCAAGUCGCUAACGGACAGCACAGAAUGAAACAAGCUCUCCGUCGCGCACGCGCCCGCCGUCCACGGAAUGUUGACCUAAUGGAGCUGGACCUCCCUCGUCAAUUAGCACAGUUUACCCUCACUUCCCCAACUACUUCCUCAUUCCCCACUCAUGAGUCUCCAUCGUCCUCGUCCUCGUCCUCGUCCUCAUCACCGGAACCAGCAGACUCCCAGAUGAUGAUGGCUCCAUCCUCCAAGGACCUUCGGGACACAUGGGUUGCGUUGUUCGACUCAAUGCCACCCGGCUCGAUCCCGCGAUCGUCGGGUGAGUGCUGGGGAAACUAGAGAAGA